AUGAAAUAUAAAAGACCAAGGUCUGCUAGAGCUUGCAAAGUCUGCCAUGCAAGAAAAGUUCGUUGUGAUGCAAUGAUCAGAAUCCCUUGCACCAAUUGUGUCACUUUCAGAUGCGAUUGCUCAUUCCCUGAAACAACUAAAAAAAGAGGAAAAAAACAAAAAAUCAUUCCUCACAUCAACAGAAUUAACACUUUAAACGACCCCAAAUCCUCAAAAUCAAAAAAAACUGACUCCACUAACAACACAUCUUCCUUCUCCAACAUCACCAAUACCACCACCACCACCAAUACCACCACUUCUACCAUUUCCACCAAAACUAACGCUAAUAAUAAACACUCAAUUACAAAUAAAAAUGACUCAAAUGAUCCACCUAACCAAACUAUAUCCACUUCCACUUCCACUACCUCAAACUCAACCGCUCCUACCACUGACAAUAUCAUCCAAAACAAAAAUCCUUCAAUCGAAAUUCCCAUUAAAUCUCUUGAUAAUAAAACCACAUCCACAAAUAAAACUUCCACUACCAACAAAACCUCUACCAACACAAAAAAAAACGAUUUAUUCAUCAAUUCAGAAAACAUCGACACUGUAGAGCUAGAAAUCCUUAAAUUGCGUGGUGCUUUUCUACUACCAACAAAAGCUUUAACUUUGGAUAUAAUCAAGGCCUAUUUCGAUCACAUUCACCAAGUCACUCCAGUAAUAAAUGAAAGCUGGUUCAUGGCUAGAUUUAAUGACCCGAAAAACCCUCCCUCUCUAUUACUACUACAAAGUAUGUUAUUGGCUGGCUCAAGAGUUUGCACAAACGAUUUAUUAAAGGAUUCUCAAGGUAAAAACGACCUAGCUAGCUCAACCUUUUUUCAAAGAGCAAAAGCACUAUACGAAUCAAACUAUGAAAAAGAUCCUUUGGCAAUCGUUCAAUCCUUGAUUUUAUUUGGCUGGUAUUGGGAAGGACCUGAUGAUGUUACUAGUAACGCCUUUUACUGGAACAGAAUUGCCAUUACUGUAGCUCAAGGUUUUGGCUUUCAAAGAUCGGUUUCUGACUCCAACAUGAGUCUCUCCGAAAAAAAAUGCUGGAAAAUCAUUUGGUGGUACUUGUUUAUUAGAGAUAGAGCCUUGUCUUUAGUCUUUGGAAGACCCUAUUGUAUCGAUUUAGUUGACUGUGAUGUUAAAAUGCUAACUGUUGACGAUUUUGACGAUACUGACCCCGGUUUGGGUUUGGAACCUAUAAGACAAGUCGAAAAAUCAAAAGCAAUCUUUUUCAUCAAAUACUCCACUUUAUAUAUGAUUCUAGGUUUGAUCAUGAAAGAAAUAUUCUCUGUUAAAGCAGAACAAAGAAACGAUAAAGCUGAAAAAAUUGGUUCAUUUGACAGACUAUUGACUCAAUGGAUCAAAGACUUGCCAGCUGAACUACAUUACACUAGAAUGAGAUACAAUUUACUUGGUGCUUUGCUAUACAUCAACUACUUUACUGUCGUUUGUCUUCUUCAUCGCUCUUCUUUCCUCAGAAGACAGUCUAAAAAUAAACUUUAUAAAAAAAGAAAUAACCGUAUCGAUAUAAAUGAAAAUAUUGCAUUUUAUUCUGCUAUUCAAUUAACACAAAUUGUUGAAGAUAUCAUUAAACAUAAUGACCUUGGUCAUGCAAAUGGCUUUAUUCUUUACAGCAUUUUCUAUGCUUGUAUUAUAUUUGUUUAUCAUAUUGACUCCAAAAACGACCAAAUAAAAGAAAUCGCAAAUCUUUAUUUUAAAAAAUGUUAUUCUUUUGUUGAACAAUGUACUAAAACUUGGGAAUUGGCUAAAAUUCUCUUGAAAAUAUUUGAAGCAGUCAAGAGAAAUGCUUUGUUAAGAAAAAAAAUC